AGGCCUGUUUUGUCUCUGUCGUUCUGGAAAUCACCUCCUAUCGGGUUUUACUGGGGUUUAAGAAAAAUCUGAUUUUGUCUUCUGCUCUCUCUCCAUCUUCUAAAGCCCUAAUCAACUGGCGCCGGUCGCCGGCGAGACUUGUAUCACUGCGUUACUGCCGGAAAAUAUCACUCCUAAUUAUGGCCUCCGACGAUGUGACAUACACGGACUCCAUGAGCUUCACGGUUACAGAACUCUUGAAGGAAGUGCAGCUCGAUUAUUCUCCUGCAACCACUAAAGCUGUUGACGACGUUGUCUCCUUUGUCAAACAAGUCAUAGAUAAAAUCCCCGAGAAUUUUCAGGUUACAGCUGACCUGGGACCACGGUUUGUUAGAGAUAUUAAAGCUGAUAAAUGUGAAUUUAAGUUUAACAGGCCAAAAUUUAUCGAAAUUGCUGGAAGCUAUUCAAUGCAGUGUGUUGUGAAACCGGACAUAAACGUGGAUGUUUUCAUUCGCCUUCCCAAGGAAUCUUUCCACGAGAAGGACUAUCUAAAUUAUCGCUACCAUGCCAAAAGAUAUCUUUAUCUUUGUGUACUGAAGAAGCAUUUGACAUCAUCUUCAAUUUUUCAUGAUGUUCGGUGGUCGACCUUUCAAAAUGAAGCUCGUAAACCUAUAUUGCUCGUGUAUCCAGCUGUGAAGCUUUCUCAAAAUGCUAAAUUCGUCGUGAGGAUAAUUCCCACCGCAUCAUCUCUAUUCAGUAUAUCCAAAUUAAACUUAGGGCGGAACAAUGUUCGUGCUCUGAAUCAAGGGGAUGUUCUACAGGCAACACCCAUGUAUAACUCUAGUAUACUGGAGGACAUGUUUCUUGAAGAUAAUGCAGGAUUUAUUAGAAGAACUUUUGCGGGAUGGAAGCAUUUGGGGGAAGCUUUAGUACUUCUAAAAGUUUGGGCACGACAGAGAAGUUCAAUAUACUGUCAUGAUUGUUUAAAUGGAUAUCUGAUCUCUGUAAUUAUGGCAUACCUUGCCACAGAAUCUGGUAGGAAUCGCAUAAACAAAUCAAUGAAUCCAAUGCAGAUAUUUCGUGUGACAUUGGAUUUUAUAGCUAAAUCAAAAUUGUGGGACAAUGGAAUCUUUUUUCACCCACAAGGUGAAAGAAAUGUUCCACAUAAGACGCAGGGAAGGAGGACAAGUUUGCAAUCAUUUCCUGUAGUUAUUUGUGAUUCAUUUGCAGACUUCAAUUUGGGGUUUCGCAUAUCGCGAAAUGGUUUCCAAGAGCUUCAAGAUGAGGCUUCUGCGACACUUAGUUGCAUGGCGAAAUAUGGUGAUGGUGGCUUUGAUGAGAUUUUUAUGUCCAGGAUUGACUAUCCAGCCAAAUAUGACUUUUGUAUUAGAUUGAACUUAAAGGGCAACACUGAAGUUUAUGAGCCAGGAUUUUGCUUGGAUGAUGAAUGUUGGAGAUAUUAUGAGCAGAAAGUACUUGCGCUCAUGGUUCAAGGACUACAAGAUAGAGCUAAAUAUGUUCGUGUAAUUUGGAGAAAUACUAGUUCCUGUUGUAACUACGAAGAAGGUUUGCACUCAUUAGAUAGUGAGGAACUGCUUAUUGGAAUUUCAUUCAAUUCAGUGGAGGAUGGCUUUAGAAAGGUUACAAUGGGCCCCAGUCCUGAGGAAAAAGAAAAGGCUUUAGAAUUUCGAAAAUUCUGGGGAGACAAGGCAACACUUAGGCAAUUUCGUGAUGGUAGAAUUGCUGAAGUUGUAGUGUGGGAGCGUGAGGAGUGGGAAAGGCAUCUCAUCAUCAAAGACGUAUCUGACCAUAUUCUUUCAUGCCAUCUUCCCAUUCCAAAGGAAAAUAUUAUCGCCAUUGUGGAUCAACUUGAUUUUGCUCUUCUUUACGGAAAUAAAGAUCCUAUUGCAUAUUCUAAAAGUCUGUUAGUGGCAUUUGAUGAUCUAUCAAAGCGGUUGCGUCUUCUUGAUGACAUUCCUCUAAGGGUGUCCAGCGUGCAGCCUCUCAGUUCAGCUUUCAGGUUUACAUCUGUAUUCCCUCCUGGACCUCAUGCCCUAGCAUGUGAAAACCAUGUAAAUGUCAAAAUACAAAAGCUCACUUCAACAUCUGUACAGCCUCUUGAAGUCAUGAUUCAGCUUGAAGGUUCUGGGAAUUGGCCAAUGGAUGAUGUUGCAUUAGAGAAGACUAAGUCUGCUUUUCUUCUCAAAAUUGGUGAAAGCCUUCAAAAGAAUUGGGGCAUGACGUGUACUGCAGCAGAAGAUGAUGUAGAUGUUUUCAUGUCCGGAUUUGCAUUCCGCCUUAAAAUUUUGCAUGAGAGGGGCUUGAAUUUAGUGAGAAGGCCAAGUGGUGGUGGUCAAGCAAAGUGGGUUUUAUCUACAGAUAGGAAAUUGUUUAUCUGCAGCCAGCACUCUAGCAUGAUCAAUGGGCUAUGUGGUCGUUUUCCAACAUAUGGGCCUGUAGUUAGGCUUGCAAAGCGCUGGGUGUCUUCCCAUCUUCUCUCAUCCUUGCUAGGAGAGGAAGCAAUUGAGCUGUUGGUUGCAUAUCUCUUUCUGAAGCCUGCGCCAUUUAGUCCUACUGUCUCACGAAUAACUGGGUUUCUGAGGUUCUUACGGUUGUUGUCAGAGUAUGAUUGGACCUUUUCUGCCCUCGUGGUUGAUAUCAAUGGUGAUUUGACUCCUGAAGAUGAAAAAGAGAUCCAUGAAAAUUUAACAUCGAGUAGGAAAAAUAGUGAAAAUCCAGAGAGUGCAAAUCCAGCCAUGUUCUUGGCUACUCCUUAUGACAAGAAGUCUGAAGCUUGGACCAGAUCAUCACCCACUCCAACGGAACUGAGACGGUUGGUGGUAUAUGCAACCAGCAGCGCAAAUUUAUUGACCAAACUUAUAUUUCAGGACCGGUUUAAUUCCUACCAAUGGGAGUGCCUUUUUCGCACUCCACUAAACGUCUACGAUGUUGUUAUCCUUCUCCAUCGGGAUAAAUUGCCGUAUCCUCAUCGUCUUCUCUUCCCAUCUGAGCUCAACCAAGGGAUGCUUGUCAUGCGUGGGCGUGCAAGCAAAAGCUUCCAUCCCUUCUUGUUAGCUGGGGUUGGGACAGGCAUAAAGGCAAGCCUAGAAGACCUAAAAGAUAAAGUCAUGAUAGACUUCAAUCCAGUUAGGUGCUUUAUUGAUGAGAUUGAGAGAGACUUUCCUGGCAUUUUCAAGGUAUGGUACGAUUCUUUGGGAGGUGAUGCUAUUGGCCUUACAUGGGACAAAGCAAAUCCAAAGAAGCGAGGACGAGACUUCAUGGAUGAGGAUAACCAAGGGCUAAUUGAUGUGUUACAAACCAUCGGUGACGCUGGGAAAGGGUUUGUGAGAAGUGUUCAUUUUCUAAAGGCCCCAAAACUAAGCCACUGAAACUUCUUCUCAGUUUGUUGUAAUUAAGAACUCAUUUUUUUUUGUAAGUUUUUUUUUCUUUGUAAUUCUUGAAAAUUUUGGUUUAUUUUUUACUCUGGCCAUGGUGUAGCUUCAAUCCACAUCCUUGAGAGAUGGAGGAUUGAGUUCUUUUUGAUAGACUGUAGGAUUUCUUCAUGCAGGCUUGUGCUGCCGCUUUUUGGAAAUUUUAAAUGUAAAGUACAACUUUGAAUUGAAUGUAUCUGUUGAGUACGCACUGAUAUCCUGAGAA